AAUCAUGUACACCGACCGACUGACUGGCUUCCUAUGGUCUAUAUAAGAGACCGGCGAACGCGGAACUCACGGCCAGUUACACGCGAGACUACGCCUUUGUCGUGCUGUCGUUCGGCGGAGCUUUCGUUGGUGCCUCGUUCAAAGUGUGAAUUUUUUAGGCUCUCUGUCAGUGCGCCAGGGUGGUUGGAAAAUUAUCCCAGUGGAACGGGCAGAUUUCAAAGGGGUGGUUCAAUUCUACUUUGAAGUGAGAGAGAGGAUAAUUUUAGCAGCAGCAGCAGAUUUAUCGACGCAGCCAUGCUUCGAGCGCUGAUCCUCAUCGCCGCGGCCGCCGCGUGCUCGGCAGCUCCACAGUUCCUGAUCAGAAACUCGGCUCCUCUGCCACACCCCGCCGUCCUGGAGAACGACGCAAUGGAGGCGCUCUUGCCCGAGCAUCUGAAGAACGACUUUUACAAGAACCCGCACAUCGUCGCCGCGUUGGCCGAGCCCAGCUGGUUCGGGCACAAAGAGGCGCAGGUAACCAACCGCGAAACCGACAUGAUACCGCGGGAAAAAGUCUUCCACAUCCUACACAACGCCGGAUUCAUCCGCAGAUAAUUCACGGAUGUUUCCCAACAAAUGCCUCGCUGCGCGUCGACAAAAAGAAGAGGACGAUUGAACGAACGAACUGAAAAAAUUCAAAGCACGUACUUCUGAUGUGCGCCGCAUGUACUCUCAUCUCUCUCUCUCUCUCUCUCUCUCUCUCUCUCUCUCUCUCUCUCUCUCUCUCUCUCUCUCUCUCUGUACGCGAGAGCGGAAUAUAGCCAGUGGCGCAUCGAAAGGAAAAUGAAAACGCUCCGCACACUCGAUUUCAUCCAGCGCGAACUUUAUUUAUUUUCAUUGCAUGUGUGUUCAUCGACAUUUUCACCUACUGCAAAACGCGCAACCAAGAGCGCUGCGAAAAAGUGCGAGAGUGACUGGUGCAGCUCGUAGUAGUUUGCCAUGUAAUAUUUGUAAGUAAUGUAAAUGCAGAGAAUGUUGAUAUCUGUUUUUGUAAUAUAUAGUAUCGUACGGUUAAUGUACACGUCGUAUAAUUAAAUCCAACAUUCGCACAGC